AUGGGCCUCGCCUACAACGUCUACCUGUCCGCCAAAAGAAUCUACGGCUGCAAAAACUGCAAAACCCACCUCGCAGACCACGAUGAAAUCAUAUCUCGCAACUUCCGCGGCCAACACGGGAAAGCCUAUCUCUUCAACAGCGUCGUAAACAUCCAACAAGGCGAAGCGGGAGAACGUAACAUGACGACAGGCAGACACGUGGUACGCGACAUUUACUGUCGACAGUGCAAAGAGAUUGUCGGGUGGAAGUAUGAUCGAGCAUAUGAAUCGACGGAAAAAUACAAAGAGGGAAAAUACAUUCUGGAACAGGAACUGUUGUGUCAGGUGAAUUGA